AUGUCUCCUUCUUAUGAACUCAUCUACUGGCCCGGCCUUCCCGGCCGCGGCGAAUUCGUCCGCCUCGUCCUCGAGGAGGCCGGCGUCGACGCUGACAACCUCGGCGACGCUUCCAACCCGCCGCCCUUGGCCCCGCCCAUCCUCCGCCAUGGCGACCUGCUCAUCAGCCAGACCCCCAACAUUCUCCUCUACCUCGCUUCGCGCCACAACCUCGCCCCCGCCCAAGGCGCCGGCUUCUUCCACCUCAACGGCCUCGCUCUGACCGCCCUCGACGGCCUGUCCAACGAAGUCCACGAAACGCACCACCCCGUCUCCGUCAGCGACUACUACGAGAACCAAAAGGAGGAGAGCAAGCGCCGCGCGGCCGAUUACACCAAGAACCGCCUGCCCAAGUUCUUGGGUUACUUUGAAAAGGUGCUCCGCGGCGAGAAGAGCGGCGACGGCCCUUGGUUGUAUGGGGGUGCGCUGACCUAUGUCGAUCUUGUAUUGUUCCAGAAUAUCGAUGGCCUCAAGUAUGCUUUCCCCAACACGGUUGGAAAGCUCGAGGCUUCUGGUGAGUAUGACAACGUGUUCAAGCUUUACCAGGCAGUCAAGGACCGCCCGCGGAUCAAGGAAUAUCUGGCCAGCGAGCGCCGCCAAAAGUACAGCAAUGGCAUCUACAGACACUAUCCCGAGCUUGACGGAGAGUAA